GAUCCAAUCAUGUCACUCCUCGGUGUAGGCGGGCUGAUCAACGCGGAAAUCUUCCUGCGGUGUCGAGGCUGAGUGUGAUGUCCUUGCCCUUGCUUAUUUUUGGGAUAACCUGGAAUAAAAACUAACCUUCUACUUGGUGAAGGUCGCUGUCUUGUUACUACCCGAUUUGGCCAUAAAAAGACAGACAUGCCUUUUCAUAAAUACCCCCCCAAAAUCUGGGAGGCCCUGAAAAUGAAGCAGGGCAUCUACGCUCGUCUUCCCAAACACUACAUGAAGUCCCUUGAGCAGAAAGAUCCCACCCCUGUCCAUUUUAGGCCUAUUGGAGUCCAGUACCGAGCCAACCCAAAAACAGGGCAUAAGGAGCGGGUGCAGGAUGUGCCGGUGCCCAUUUACUACCCUCCACACUCCCAGGACGGCCUGUGGGGAGGAGAGGGUUGGAUAUCGGGCUACAAAUAUGCCAACAAUGACAAAAUGUCGAAUCGUCUGAAGAAGACCUGGAAGCCGCAGCUGUUGAAGAGAGAGUUGUACAGCGAGAUACUGGAUCACAAAUUCACCAUCACAGUCACACCACGCACUCUGAACCUCAUCGAUGCUGCCUUCGGAUUCGACUUAUAUAUUCUCAACACAUCAAAGGAAGACAUGAACUCCAAGUUGGGGAUGGACCUGAAGAGGGCCAUGUUGCUUCGUCUGGUACGCAAGAACACAGAGCUUUAUCCCUCCGACCCUAUCAAGAGAGAGGAGGUCUACAACAAAUACAAGAAGUUUGAGAUCCCGGAGGAGGAGGCAGAGUGGUUGGGUCUGAGUCUGGAGGAGGCCGUGGAGAAACAGAAGACGCUGGAGCACAAGGAGCCCGAGCCUCUGUUUAUGGCCUGUGUGGAGAAGUUGGUGGAGGAGCUGCAAGUCCAAAAACUCUCGGAUCCACACCUCAUAGAGAACAAAUGACGAUCUGAAGCAUCUGAAGCGGAACAGAUGCAGCUUUUCAGACUGAAAAAGGAAGCAGGUUGAACUGUCAAAGCUUCUAUUUCCAUCUGGGAGCGACACAAAGGUGGAAGAGACGCACAUGACAAGGUCAUGUCGGAGUGAUGCUUAUUUAUUUCCUCACACUUAAGACAUUUCAGGAAUUAAUUGAAAAACCUCCGUCAGUGUAAUUACUCCCGACCAGCUGUGAUAUCAGGCCAUUGUACAGAAUAUCUAAAAAAAAUAAAAGAUUCCCUUUUUUUCUUAAA